GCAAAAGGGAUAUUAAACUAGGGCUUAUAUCGGCCAUUAGUUCUGAUUACUGGUGAGGUUUCGAGGCGCAACAUGGCCGUGAUUGGAAUCACUUUCAGAUUUUCUUGGUUUUGUUGCCUGCUAAUUGGCGGGAUAACCUCUUCUACAUCAAGCUCACUUAGGUCUAAAGGAUAUGGAAAAUACAUCUCUCCAACAGCUCAGUUGCAAGCGCAGCUGACCGAAGAACAACAAACAUCUGGCCUCCAUCCUGCAAAAGCAACUGGACCCCAUGCCCCAGGCACCUCAGCAAGUGCGGUAUCCAGUUCAAAUUCCCCAGCAGCAAAAGCAACCAGCUACUGGGCCUCAGCAGCAGACGGAACUGACCACCAUGCCCCAGAAGCAACUGGCACCAAUGGAUAUACCGCAGAAACAACCAACAGCUAUGCCCCAGCAAACAUGGUAUCCAGCUCAAAUGCAGCAGAAGCAACCGGCCACCAUUCACCAGAAAGUGUGGCAUCCAGCUCAAUUUCCCCAGCAGCAAAAGCAACCAGCUACUGAACCUCAGCAGCAGAAGGAACCGGCCGCCAUUAGCCAGCAACCUCAGCAAGUGUUGCAUCCAGCUCAAAAGCUGCAGAAGCAACUGACUGCCAUGCCCCAGCAAGUGUGGUAUCCAGCUCAAAAGCCCCAGCAGCAGAAGCAACCCGCCGCUGAACCUCAGCAGCAGAUUGACCUGACCGCCAUGCCCCAGUCUCAGCAAAUGUGGCAUCCAGCUCAAUUUCGCCAGGAGCAACCAGUCCCUCUGCGUCAACUGCAGAAGGAUCUGCCCGCCAUUCCACCACAACUGUGGCAUUCCGCUCAAAUGCCCCAGCUGCAUAAGCAACCGGCUGCCAUGCUUCAGCAAGUGUGGCAACUGGCCCCCAUUCCCCAGCAGCCUCAUGACGUGUGGUAUCCAGCUAAAAUGGUCCAGAAGCAACGAGCCGCUGCAACUCGGCGGCAGAAGGAACUGAUCACCAUGCCUCAGCAAGUGUGGUAUCCAGUUCAAAUGCCCCAGGAGCAGAAGCAACCGGCCACCAUAACGCAGCAAGUGAGAUAUCCAGGUCAAAUGCCCCAGAAGCAUCUGGUCUCCAUGCCUCUGCAGCAGAAGCAACCGACCGCCAUGCCCCAGCAAGAGUGGCAUCCAGCUCCAAUGCUGCAGACGCAACUUGCCCCAAUGCCUAUCCUGCAGAAACAACCAACAGCUAUACUCCAGCAAACAUGGUAUCCAGCUCAAAUGUCCCAGCAGCAGAAACAACUGACCACCAUGCUGCAGAAGCAACCAGCCCCAAUGCCUCAACCGCAGAAGGAACAGGCCACCCUGCCCCCGCAAGUGUGGCAUCCAGCUCAAAUGCCACAGCAGCAAAAGCAACCAGCUACUGAAACUCGGCAGCAAAUUGAACCGACCGCCAUGCCCCAGCCACCUCAGCAAGUGUGGCAUCCAAAUCAAUUUCCUCAGGAGCAGAAGCAACCAGCCCCUAUGCAUCUACCGCAGAAGGAACUGACUGCCAUACCCCAACAACUGUGGCAAACGGCUCAAAUGCCCCAGCAGCAUAAGCAACCGGCUGCCAUGCUUCAGCAAGUGUUGCAUCUGGCACAGAAGCAACCGGCCCCUAUGCCCCAGCAGCCUCACGACGUGUGGUAUCCAGCUAAAAUGGUCCAGAAGCAACAAGUCGCUGCACUGACCGCCAUGCCGCAGACUCAUCAGCAAGUGUGGCAUCCAGCUCAAUCUCCCCAGCAGCAGAAGCAACCGGCCUCCACCCCUCUACCGCAGGAGCAGCCGACCGCCGUAUCCCAGCAAGUGUGGUAUCCAGCUCAAAUGUCCCAGCAGCGGAAGCUACACACUGCCAUGCCACAGCAGCAACUGACCGCCAUGCCUCAGCAGAAGCACUACCAAAGCACUGAAGAUGGUGCCUCUGGUAGCGCUCAGGCCAGCAUCGUUGAACAGUCGGGUGUCAUCCCAAUCUAUUCCUACAGUUCCAAAUCGCACUACGAGAAUGGCAGAACUGUCUUUUCCCAAAUCGGCUACACUCCUAGGGAGGCAAUGCCUGUUGACAGUGGAAAUGCUCCCAAGGACGGUUAUGUUAGCUUUGGUGCACCAAGCAUAUAUCCACCACUAGUAAAGGAUUCUGCAAGGAAGUUGCUGGUGCUCUUGCUACUCCAGAGUUAUGGAAUACAUAUACAAUUUUACUUUCAAAAAUGCCUUGUCUCUUUGAAAUAAUGAUUCUCGCGUGUCCAUUGCUUGCGAAUUGAGAACAGGUGGUGCGCAGUCUUGUAAAAAUGACUGUUCAGUUAAUUCUUUGGUUGUUCAUCUUUUACCUUUGCUACUGGUUGUUAAAAAUAAAAGCUUGGGUCUACGUAAGAGUAUUUGUGAAGGGGUGAGUUGUCAGACAUUCCUCAUGUUCAUACUUUAGAUGUAGGCAUGCAUUGUAUACAGUGAGACUGUCUUCAACCUCAGUGUAAGUUGUUGGUGAGUAAAUUAACAUAUAGGGAAUUGUUUUUAGAUGG